AUGCUAGAAAUUGCCCAAAGAGAGAGGGUUGCGGAAGCCGAAGCUGGAAUGAGGAAGAAUGACAGUCACAUUGGCACAUCAGGAUUAGUCAAUCAGGAUGAGAGUUUCACUCAUGCCAAAAAGAGCUUUGUUCAUAUACUGAUAGGGAACAAAGGAGAUGGAGAUCAUGUGGAGCCUUAUGAUGCAUCCGCUCAACAUGUGUCUGAGGUGGGAGGAGAUGAUCCAUACGACGCUUUUUGCAUACCAGACCCACUAAAACCUAAGGUUCUUCCGGAUCCCGCUGCAGAAAGGUUUCACACCUUAGAGAAGAAAAUUAAAGUUAUAGAGGGGAACAAUAUCUUCGGUUCCAUUGCCAUGAAUAUGUUAUUGGUUUCAAAUUUGGUCAUCUCGGCUAAGUUUAAAACUCCUGAUUUCAAGAAAUACAAAGGCCAACCUUGUCCAAGAAGUCAUUUGGUAAUGUAUUUCAGGAAAAUGGAUUCCCAUACUGAGAACGACAAGCUGCUCAUACACCGUUUUCAAGACAGUUUAAGUGGGGCAUCAUUAAGGUGGUACAUGAGUUUAGAGAAAGGGAGAAUUCAGAGUUGGGAGGACUUGGCAGAUGCUUUCCUUCAUCAAUACAAAUAUAAUUUGGACAUGGCACCCGAUCGUAUGCAGCUACAAGGGAUGGUCAUGAACGAGAAAGAAUCGUUCAAAGAAUACACCCAACGGUGGAGAGAGUUGGCUGCUCAAGUCGAACCCCCACUGUCUGAAAAGGAAAUGACUGGAAUAUCCGUGGACACGCUGAAGGACCCUUUCUUUGAUAGGUUGGUGAGCAGCGCAGCGUCAGACUUUGCACACCUAGUAACAAUUGGAGACCGAAUUAAGAAAAGCUUGAGGGACGGAAAAAUUCAAGGAGCUGUUGCGACCCCUAAUGCACCGAAAAAGUAUUCUGGAGGUUUCCAGAAGAAAAAAGAAGGUGAUAUAAAUUCUAUAUCAAGGGGUUAUAAGGGUAAGCAACAAAUCUCAUAUGACCAAGUCGCCGAUGUGCAACAACCUCCACAACAGCGACAACAACAAAAUGCCAUUCCGCAACGACAGUUCAAACCAAGGCCACCACGAAGGCAGCUUGACCCUCUACCUGUUCCUUAUAGCCAUAUAUUUUUGUACCUACAGAAAGAAGGACUGUUGACCUUGAGAGAGUUGAAGCCAUCCACCUUCCCAUAUCCUCCCGGGUAUGAUGCUAAUGCCCACUGUGAGUUUAAUAUGGGUGCCCCUGGCCAUACUCUGGAGAAUUGUUUCGCGUUCCAGAAUCGUGUGCAAGAUCUAAUUGAAACUAAGGUCAUCACCUUUACUCCAAGACGCCCGAACGUAAGCACCAAUGCCAUGCCAACACAUGAAGGUGCAUCAGUCAGUGCCAUUGAAGAAGUCAAUAAAGGAGAUCUAAUCAAGAAAGUUGAAGAAAUUCAAACUCCUAUUGUCGUGAUAGGUGCACAAUUGUUGAAGAGUGGUCUAAUCCCAAUAGACCUAGUUGAUGAAGAAAAUGUUGAAGAGUUGAAGAGUUUUAUCCAGCAAAUGCUGGAUCAAGGAGAAAUGCAGAUCGAGCGCCACAAUGAAGACAUGAAAGAAAAAUAA